AGGCAACCAAUCAGGUUUUAAUAAUGAUAGAACUGGUAACAGCAUAAACUAUACCGUUAACGGUUACUACCUACAUUCAAUCGCUUUAUCUCCAGAAUAGAACACAGUCUUUACUUGUCACAACCAAACCUGUUUGAUUUUUCUUCGAACUAAGUGCAUCGAAAAUGGACGGAAUUUUGCCUCGAUACAUAUUUGUUGUUACUAUUUUUCUGUGGAUACCAUUGAGCAAUGGUUGUAUGAAUACAGCUGUCGGUGAAUUUAUGAAUUGUACAAUGAAAUUAAAUAUCCCAAUGGCAGCAUCACCAGAUAAAUCCUCGUUAAAACAGCAAAUGGAUGUGAUAUGCAAGAUGGAAUCAGAAAAGAAAAAGAAAUUCCAUUCUUGCUUUGACAACUUUAAAAAAUGUGAACAAAUUAAGACAAUAUCAGAAAGUGUGGGGAUAAAUAUCUUGAAGACGAUGGAGUCCACCGAGAAGCUGUGUAAACACGAACAAGUUAUACUUGACGGUAUGCCAUGCUUAAUGGGAAAGAUAAUGGAAAUAAUAGGAAAUUCAUCAACGGAUACAUUGGAGAAAUUCAAGCAGCUCUACAGCAAAGGGUCAAGUUUAUUUAUAGACAUGAUGAAUCAAAAAAUGACAAGAGAUGAGUACGACAGGAAAUAUUGUCCAAUUUUGAAAGAAGGAAUUGAGGAUCUGAGCCUAUUUAAGUGUGAAGAAAAGUUUAAUAAAGUGGUUAAAGACUACGCCUAUGAUAUAAUGUCUGACAAAUGUAGAUCAAUCAACAAAAUUGAUUCAUCUGGUAUAAAAUCACUUCCAAAUAUCUCCCUCAUUUCCUUGUUGUUUCUAAUCUUACUUUUUGUUAUUAGCUAAAGAAAUCUCAAUGACUUAUUCAGCGAUUAACCCCAUUCCCACAAAGCUUCGUGCCUAAAUCAGAAACCAUUUUUUAUUGUUAUCAUUAUUAAAGUAACAAUUACGUACUGAGUUCGAUAAAUUGCUUGCUUACCUUUUAAACAGACUUUGCAUUUAAUAUUUCCGUAGAUCCUUAACAUACUAAUCAAUUACUAGAUUUAUAUAAUCACCUACAAUCCUUUUUAUUCUUACCCAGCCCAUCGAAAGAACACUGUAAUUCUUCUCCCCAAAAGAGAUCCUGAUUUGUUAUAAGAAAAUAAAUGUCAUAAAUAUUACAGUUA